CUUUUUAUUGUGAAUAAAAUCAAAGGAAAUCGUUUUGUGUAUCCUCAUCAACUUCUUGUGCUUUCAACCACAGUGACUCCCAACCUCCAGUCAUGGAUUCGCAGGUGAUUACCAACCCAGAGGAAAUCGCCAGACUCUACAGACAGCUCAGCCUCUUCCCCUCACUCAGCAGAGCAGACGUGGGACCUGUCAUCACCUCUCAGUAUGGAGGCAAAUACAGCAACAUCUACACAGAAUGGAGCCAGCGCGAUCUGGAGAGGAAUGAAAAUGUCAAGUUUUGCAAACAGUACAUCGUGUUCCAUGAUGACAAGUCUGUGGUAUUUUCAGCGCCAUCCGGAAACUGCACUGAGGUCCAAGGAGUGUUGCUAAGUAAAGAUUCCCCAUCUGGAGAAAUGAAGGCUGUUGUCAGAAAAAGUACAGUAAAGGGGGAAGAUAACCAGUUUCUGGAGAUCUGGAAUAAAAACAUCAAGAUGAAAAGCAUCAAUCUCACAGCUUUAAAGAAGCAUGGGAAAGUUUAUGAAGAUGACAUCUUUGGUUGCUUGGUCUGGUCCCAUUCUGAGACACACCUCCUGUAUGUGGCUGAGAAAAAGAGACCCAAGGCCGAGUCUUUCUUCCAGACUGAGUCUUCACCGUUGUCCUCUUCUGUGGAUGAGGAAGAGACUUUGAGAUCGGAGAAAAAAGAUGCUGUCAAAGGAGAGCAGUUUGUCUUCUAUGAGGACUGGGGAGAAGCGCUGGUUCAAAAGAGCAGUCCAGUGCUGUGUGUUGUGGACAUCGAGGGGAACAAUGUUUCUGUGUUGGAAGGAGUGCCUGAGAACAUCUCACCAGGACAGGCAUUUUGGGCUCCAGGUGACACUGGUGUGGUGUUUGCUGGAUGGUGUCACGAACCUUUCAGACUUGGACUCAGGUCCUGUCCCAACAGGAGCUCAUCUUUGUACUAUGUGGAUCUCACUGGAGGGAAAUGUGAGAAAUUGCUAUCUGGAAACAGUGCAGUGUCCUCCCCCAGGCUGAGCCCAGACCAGUGCCGGAUUGUCUACCUGGAAUGUACUUGCUAUGGACCACACAUGCAGUGUAGCCGACUGUGUAUGUAUGAUUGGUAUACUAAGAAGACCUCAGUGGUGGUGGAUGUGGUGAGGAGACCAGGAGAAGAUGGCUUCACUGGCAUCUAUUGCAGUCAUUUGCCGUCUAAAUGCUGGUCAGCUGAUAGUCAGCGAAUUAUUGUUGCCUGUCCUCAACGCAGCCGCAAGGAGUUGCUGAUGGUGGAUAUAAAUACAGGGAGUGUCACCUCUCUGACUUCAAAGUCUGGCAUGGGUGCUUGGAAUCUGCUGACUGUCGAGCGAGAUCUGAUAGUGGCAAGCUGCUCUUCUCCAAGCUGCCCUCCAAGUCUGAGAGUGGGUUUCCUUCCGACCAGGGAUUCUGAAGAAGAAGUGGUUUGGAUUACACUGGAGGAAUCUCAGACAAUGCUGGAAAUUGAUUGGCAGAUCUUGACAUUCACCCCUCCCUCAGAGCAAGACAACAGCCAAUACCCCGGCCUUGACUUUGAAGCUUUACUGAUCAAACCAAAGGAUGUGAAAGAUGGUGUCAAGCUGCCUCUCAUUGUGAUGCCUCAUGGGGGUCCACACUCAGUGAUUGUUGCGGACUGGCUUCUGUCCCCCGCUGUGCAAUGCAGGCUUGGCUUUGCUAUUUUAUUAGUGAACUAUCGUGGAUCGAUUGGAUUUGGCCAGGACAAUAUCCUUUCAUUGCCCGGCAAUGUUGGCACACAGGACGUCAAAGAUGUUCAAUUUGCCGUUGAAAGUGUUCUGAAAGCUGAGGAGUUUGACAGGCAGAAGCUGGCAGUUACCGGAGGUUCCCACGGUGGCUUCUUAGCCUGUCAUCUCAUCGGCCAAUACCCCGGUUUCUACAAGGCUUGCGUGGCUCUCAACCCUGUCGUGAAUUUGGCCUCUAUGGUUUGCACCACAGACAUCCCGGACUGGUGUGUAUUUGAGGCUGGCUUUGACUACAGUGCAGAUAGCAUACAUGAACCUGCUGUUUGGGAGCAAAUGUUGAGCAAGUCUCCAGUCCAACUUGUGGCACAGGUACAGACGCCGGUUUUACUCGUACUAGGAGAAGAUGAUAAGCGCGUGCCCCACAAACAAGGAAUUGAAUAUUACAGAGCUUUGAAAGCAAAGCAGGUGCUUGUCCGUUUGCUGACAUACCCGGGGAACAACCACUCGCUGUCCAGUGUGGAUGCUGAGUCUGAUAGCUUCAUGAACAGCAUUCUGUGGAUAAUACAACACUUGAGUGUGAGUGAUGGGGCUUGAAUGAAAAGAGGAUAGUGUGUUAACUCCAGCAAUAGAAUAUUAACAAAGGUUCUUUCCUGUUUUUGGGGUGUUGUGAAGCCAAACCAAAUAAGUGGUCUGAGUCCAGAACACACUUUGUGUUAGUUUAAUUCUGUCUUUAUCGACGGUGAUUACUAUCUUCUACAAUGUGUAUGAUUCUUAAUGUGUAUGAUUCUUUUCUUAAAUGUUCUAAACUCUUCUAAAACUUGAAUAAAGUCCGUUUUAAAUUAGUA